UUCCAUGAGGUGCAGCGCAGAUCCAAUUAGCUACUAGCUGGCUGGUAGGUUCUUUUCUGCAGAUGCAGUCGAUGGCGAGGCAUCUGCAGGUGGUGGCGCUCGUGCUUCUUGUGCUGCUUGACGCGGCGGCGGCGGGGACGACGACGGCGAGCAGCAGCACGGUGGUGGCCGGCAUGGUGUUCUGCGACCAGUGCAAGGACGGCGCCAGAGGCCUCUUCGACUAUCCUCUCUACGGAGCUCGGGUGGCGAUCCAGUGCGGCGGCGGCGACAGCCCGCUGACGGUGAGGGAAUGCAACACCAACUGGUUCGGCGGCUUCUCCGUCCGCAUGGAGGGAACGCCCGAGAUGAACCGCUGCACCGCCCGCGUCGUCCAGGCCACCGGCCACUGCGGCGCCGCCACCCCCACCGCCCCGCGCGAGCUCACCCUCGCCUUCCGCAUGCUCGGCCUCGCCCUCUACACCGUCCCGCCCCUCCUCUCCCAGCCACUCCGCGCCAUGGACUUCUGCCCCGCACCGCCCGUCGCGCUCGCCCCCUCCUCCUCUUCCUCUCCCCUCGCGCCCCCUCCCGUCUCCCCCCCUCUCCCUCCCUUGUGGCGCCGCAGGCCCCGCCGCCUGCCGCCCAUCUGGACCCCCACGCUACCCAAGCCGGAGCCUCCCGUUGAGACGACGACGACGCCGCCACCGCCACCGCCGCAAGGCUCGGCCUGCACCUUCGACAAGUGGGCGGAGAUUGGUUUGCACGGGUGCAACUGGAAGGUGGUGACGCCCAACACGACGGUGGCGAUGGCGUUCGGGCCGGCGGCGGCGCAGAGGUACGGGUCGGAGAUGACGCUGCGGGAGGCGCUGGAGGGGAGGGGCGACAUGUACAGGACGCUCCUGCGCGAGGCCACGGCGGCGCUCCUGAACGCCUACUACAACGCGCCGGCCGCCGGCUUCCUCUACCCGACCACCGCCAGCGUCAUCGACCACAUGAACGGCGCGCUCCUGGGCUCCCCGGAGAGGGUUCUCCUCGAGGGGGCGCGCUUCCGCCGGGCCAACUCCGGCGGUGGCCGCAUCACCAAGAUCCCCUGCGACCUCACGCCCUGCACCUAGCCUUGCCGCUUCGUCGUAGUAUUUACCUACACUACAACCUGCACCACCUAGCCUGCCUGCACUAAUAUUUAUUUUACUCCCUAUUUAUAUUACUACUAUAUGCUACGUACAUAGUAUUCCCUUUCCAUACAUACAUGAAUACAUGAUGGAUGGAUGGAUUUUAAAUUGAAUAUAUAUAUAUAUAUAUAUAUUUAUAUUUAUAUACACACACACUCGUGCAUUCGAUUUUAUUACUAUGCUACUAGUAUAUUGAGAAUGAGUACUACUGUACUAGUCCACUAAUUAAUAGUAGGAGGGGCAU